AGUCCAAUGUUCAUCAGUGUUACCCUUCCUCCUAAAGAGUGAGGUUUUAUACUUCACAAGAAAAGUAUGAGACUCCAUUUCUAAACACCGGGCUCCAAAUGAGAAGGCUCAAAAAUAGCAUAAAAAGAUCUUUGCGUUUUUACCCUAGGACCCUUCUUGCCCUGAGAAAAUGCCGACAGCAAAGAAAACACUGACGUUCUUAUUCAGCUUCAUCACCAGCCUGGGGGCUUUCAUCGUCCUCUGCUCUGUUCUGGCAACUCAACAAUGGAUCCGCAGUACCAUCGCCAUCAGCGACUCUUCUUCGAAUGGUAGUGUGAUCAUCACCUAUGGACUCCUUCGUGGGAAGAGUAUUCAAGAACUGAGUCACGGACUUGCAGAAUCGGACAAAAAUUUUGAAGUUUUAGGGACAUUGAACAAUUCUUCCUCGAAGACUCUGCACUCAGUGGUCCUCGUGUUCCUGGCCCUUGGCUUGUUCAGUUCGCUGCUGAGCGCCGGGUUCACCUUCUACAACAGCGUCAGCAACCCCUACCAGACGUUCCUGGGGCCGAUGGGGGUGUACACCUGGAGCGGCCUCAGUGCAUCCUUCACAUUCAUAAGCAUGGUGCUCUUUGUGGGGAACACGCAGUCCAAUCAUCUCUCGGAAGAGCUGGCCCAGAGGCUGUACCCGCUCUAUCCAGCGUCCACUCAGCAAGGGACUUCCCACGCUUACGGAUACUCCUUCUGGCUCACGCUGCUGGUCAUCCUCCUAAACGCGGUCACCGCGGUCAUCGUCAUCUUCUACCAGAAGGCCAGAUACCGGCGGAAGCAGGAGCGGAGGAAGCCCAUGGAAUCUGCGCCAAGGGAUGGGAUUUUAUUCUGAAGUCCGUGUCCUCGUUUCGGGGCUGGGUCUCCUCUGUCGUACGCCGGCUCUCAGAGCAGUAAUGGGCUGGCGCGGCUGAGUCAAUCAGCAGGUAAAAUUGUGGCCCUGUCCGACCGAAACUCGGUGACAGUUUUCGCAUCUCAUAACACUACAUUCUUCAUAAAUGAUGCACCCUUGACAGAGGACGCUUCCCAUGAGGGUGGGGAAGGUGAAGAAAAAGCUCUGCGGUCCGUGUCAUGUUCAAAGCAGCGAACAUGAUUGUGAGCCUGUCGCCCUUCUGACCCGGCCUCACUCUCUUAAGUAAUAAAGGCUUGUGUUACACGCCUCCCCUUUGAGUUGCUCAAAGCACUUUGCUACCUGUGACCUCAUUCCCCACAGGAGGGACUACGCAUUUUGAUUUCACUCUGUGAAUGGAGACUUGCAGACACAGAAGGAUCCAGAAAUUGUUUUUCCUAGACCUGGUGUUAGAAGGGAAAGGAGAGACUUAGGGGUGUGUGACCUGGACUUCUGGACCCUCCGCCUCUGAUAUAACUUAAACCCAGUGGUGGGUAGAGAGGCUGACACUCAGUUUUGAGUUUCCAAGGUGGAUUUUUGGCAGGGAAAAAGAUGAGGAAGGAAGAAGAUCAAGGAAAGAUGAAAAUUAUAGCCCCUCUAACCUCAUGCUAAGAAGGUUAAAUAUAUUUUUGCUUUAAAAAGAUUGUUGUUAGUUCAGUCAAAAUAGAAAUGUCAUACUGUGGUGAGUUCUAAAAACCCCGUCAACUGACACUCUGCCCGAUUGCUGUGGUGUCACCGACACGGGUGAGCGAGCAUCACCCAUCAGCAGACUCCUGGCGGCCGGAGGCUCAGUAAGACGUGGGGUCCCGCUCUGAGGCUUGCAGGUAUAUCCUGAGUCAGAGCCAGGGCAGGGGCACAGAGCAGUGACGGAUUGCCUUCCAAGCACAGGUGGGUGGAACUAGUUCAUGGCUCACGAGAGGACAGUGGGUGACCUGGAAUAUUAAAAAAAAAAACACCAGAUGGAUUUGGCCUACUUUGCCUGUAGGAUAUUCUCUCAGAAAAUCACUUUGAGAAUCUUUUAGGCUUGAAUAUCCUACAAGUUAGCCGGGGUCAAAUAUUGUCAGGAUUCUGAGAUAAUCACCUUUCACAUUGAGAUAGAACCAGAGCCUAAGGGAACAGAAUCCUCAUGGUGUAAUUUACAAAGCAGCAGCUCUUUGGACAGAAGGAUACAUCUUUUAGGAAAGUAGCAGAGAGGAACAGUCUGUCCUAGCAAUAACAUUUUUUUCCUUUGAGAAGCACUGCGUACCUGCAAUGUGGUGAACACCAUGCUCAGCCCGGUUCCCACCCCCAGGGAGAUCACUGUUGAACAGUCAAGACAGAUAUUCAAAAAGCAGCCACGAAUUCCCCGUGAAAUGUGUACUUAGUCACAAACUUGUGCUCACUCUUUGAAAAGUCAGUACUCUGUAACCUCCCACCCCCAAGUCCCACAAAGCCAAAAUUAUUCUAAUAAAUUAACGUAUUGUGAAACUGAA